GACUUCUCUCACAGAAUCACAGCAGAAGAAGACAAUUCCAUAAUAUCGAGGCCCAGUCUCAGUCAGAUAGUCCUCUCUCUCGAUAUACAGUGCAACAAAGAAAUAUCUGCCUGCAUAUCCAUCUGAAUUAAUCCUUUAAUUUUAAGCUUAAUCGGUGUUGAAUUUGCCGAUAAUCAAUCAUCAGUAACGGAUGAUUAUUUGAUUCCUGGAGAAAAAUAUAUAGAGAAAAGGGGGGAAUUUGAAUUUGUUGGGAGAAGAGAGAUGUACGUAAGCGGCGGAGGUCCAAUGCGGAAGUCUUUCAAAGAUUCGCUCAAACUUCUCGAAGCGGAUAUUCAGCAUGCUAAUACUCUGGCAUCUGAUUUUCCGAGGGAGUAUGAUGGAGCAUGUCUGCAAAUGAGAAUGUCGUAUAGUCCGGCAGCACACUUUUUCCUUUUCCUCGUUCAAUGGACCGACUGUCACCUAGCUGGCGCUCUCGGUUUGUUGAGAAUCCUAAUAUAUAAGGUUUAUGUUGAUGGCACCACCACUAUGUCAACUCACGAGAGAAAAGCAAGCAUUAGAGAAUUCUAUGCUGUUAUUUAUCCCUCUUUACUGCAACUUGAAAGAGGGGUCACAGAUUCGGAAGAUAAAAAGCAGAAAGCCGUAUGCCUGGAAAGAUACAGAAGAAAGGAUGAAGAAGAGCACAAGCAAUGCUCGGAUUUAGAUAUUGAAAGGGAAGACGAAUGUGGGAUUUGCAUGGAGAUGAAUAGUAAGAUAGUAUUGCCAAACUGUAACCAUGCCAUGUGCCUGAAAUGCUACAGAGAAUGGCAUUCAAGAUCACAGUCAUGCCCUUUUUGCCGUGACAGCUUAAAGAGGGUAAAUUCUUGUGAUCUUUGGGUGUUUCUGGAAACCAGGGAUGCUAUAGACAUGGUGUCUAUAACGAGGGAGAAUUUGAAGAGGCUGUUCAUUUAUAUCGAUAAAUUGCCUGUCGUUGUACCCGAUUCCUUAUUCGAUGCCUAUGAUACUCAUGUCAGGUAAUUUAAUUAACUGGAUGAGAAAGAAAUAAUCUCUUUAUCAAAUAGAUUUAGAAACUUAAAAAAAGAAAAGAAAAAAACCCGACCCUGAUUUAUUAUGGGCAGAGGUUUAAGUUAGUGGGAUAAAUGGGGGAAGGUAAAAUGUCAUAAAUUUGUAAAUGGUUGUAUAGUUCGGAGUUUGCUUAUUAAAAGCUGAAAUGGAAUUUGAGACGUGCAAAAGAAAGAAAUUUACUGUUCUCGUAUUAUGAAA